AACAAACUUUUCCUGUAAGGUUGUACCAGUAUCGUCACGAAAUAAUCCUUUCUACCUUUCCAUAACGGUAAAGUAACUGGAAGUUUCAGUCAGCGGAUACUUCCCUGCCUUUUCCAGCUCUUCAGGAUGGAUAUUUUUGAGGUGCAUCCAAGCAGUGUGUGGAAUCAUUUGCUUUGUGUUUGAGGUGUGAACAACCUCUGAAAGAUCUGCUAAAAGGAUAAGGAGGAACCUCUAUGGGUAACCCUUGGCUGGAAACAAUUACUGGUCAACCAUGGUAAAACUUGCCAACCCUCUUUAUACGGAGUGGAUUCUUGAAGCUAUACAAAAAGUUAAAAAGCAAAAGCAAAGGCCCUCUGAAGAGAGAAUAUGUCAUGCUGUUUGUGCUUCCCAUGGAUUAGAUAAGAAGACUGUUUCGGAACAGUUGGAACUUAGUGUUCAAGAUGGUUCUAUUCUUAAGGUUACCAACAAAGGCCUUGCAUCCUACAAGGACCCAGAUAAUCCCGGACGGUUUUCAUCUGUUAAACCUGGCACUAUUCCUAAAUCUGUUAAGGGAUCUAGAGGAGCUUGUAAUGAGCUUCGUAAUGUGGAUUGGAAUAAACUCUUGAGAAGAGCAAUUGAAGGGCUUCACGAGCCAAAUGGCUCCUCCCUGAAAAACAUAGAGAAGUAUUUGAGGAGUCAAAAUGACCUAGCAAAUAUUUUUAACAAUCCUGCUUUUCAGCAGAGGUUGCGUCUGGGGGCCAAACGUGCUGUGAACAAUGGGAGAUUACUGAAGGAUGGACCUCAGUAUAGAGUGAAUUAUGGUGGUUUGGAAAGCAAAGGAGCUCCAAAGUACUCCAGCACUUUCCCAGCUUCACUUCCACCUGUCAGCCUUCUACCCCAUGAAAAAGACCAGGAACUUGGUUAUAAAACAGAUGAUGAAAAACCUCGAUAA